CGUAUUUAUAUUCAACCAGAAAUUGUCACUGCAGCAGCUUUACCUUUAAGGGAUAUUAUCAGUGCUUUAUAACAACAAUAAUAUACAGUAUGAAGUGCGCAUGGCGCUUUCUGCGAAAGUUGUUUUGUACGUUACAAAUCCCAAAGUAAAUUUCCGUGAGUCACAAAAAACUUAAUGAAUUUAGGUAAGCCUAAAAGGCCAGCGUUUGCAACACUGCUUUUCAUAUGAAGUGAAAAGAAAAGAAAAACACUCUACUCGCCAAUAAAACAAAACACUUUCUACAACAAAUUAGUGGAGCCGAAUCUAACCAACGGACUGGAGAAACACGUGAGAAGAGCAAAUGAGAGAACUUUUCCCAAUUUACCUUUAGCAAAGUAUCGAGAAUAAAUAAACAAUUUCCUAAGAACAAAACUCAGAGAGCAAUGUGGUACAUGCAGCUGGCAACCGUCACUGACAUUUGUUAUCUAAUGCAAAUUAGCAGCGACGGCAGGAAAAAAGAGAAAUGCACUUCAAUUGGUAACUGAAAAGUUCUGACUUAAUCAAAAAAGUAAUGCGAAAGUAUCUUAAACAAUAAUAAACAACGUCCGCUCUAAAAUAGCACAAAUUACCUGAUUAAAGCGCUGAAGUUGCUACAUUCAAUUAUCAGCCAGACAUCAUGUCAUCUGUUAAAUUAUGAAGUGAUGUGAAGUGUGCAGACGUGGUGGAUAGAGUUUUUUAAGUAUCGACGAUAUGCAUUCAUCUCCUUUGCACAUGCACAUUUCACAAGUGUACUGAGUCAAGUAAAAAGUAAACUAAAGUAAAUUUAAAAGUAAAUAAAUCGCAAAACCGCUGAGCAGUUACUUUUGCAGCGUAAAAGAAAAAACAAUGCUAAGUGUGAAUAUAUUCUCAUUAUUUCACUUCUGGGAAGUAGUUAUAAAUAUCUGCUAACGGAUAAAUAAAAGUGUGACAUUUCGUAUUCGUCUAUUGACGCUAACACAUGACAAAUUUCCUUCCAAACGACACACUCGGCCGAUCGCUCAAUUCAUUAUUCAUUCACACGCGGUCGAUUGAUUCAGUGAUCGACGGUGGCCUUGCGGCUUAGGUAUUAUCUUAGCAGAACGGACUCUUGCGGUUACAUAUACAAGUACAUAAACAACAUAAACACAGUACGUCAUUAUGAAGGAGUGGUUGAGAAUUUCGUGCCUAUUGUGCAUAUGUGGCUUCGUACGCGAGAUUCGUCCUUCCGAGCCAUACAUAACGGAGUAUUUGCUAGGUGAUGCCCGAAAUCUUACACAGGACGAGCUUAGCCGUGAAGUUUAUCCUGUUGCAACCUACUCGUACCUUUCGACACUUGUGGUAAUGUUUCUCAUCACGGAUUUUCUUAGAUACAAGCCCUUGAUCAUUGUAAUGGGUGUUUGUGGCACUGUGGUGUUUUCUAUGUUGCUCUGGACCAAAUCAAUUGCCGCACUACAAACACUUGAGUUUUUCUACGGUCUUUAUAUGGCGACUGAAGUGGCUUAUUACACUUAUAUUUACGCCAAAGUAGAUAAACAGUAUUAUCCCAAGGUCACCGCCCACACACGAGCCGCUAUGUUUUUGGGCAAGCUAGUCGCUGGCUCUUCCGCACAGAUCCUAAUUAAUUUGAAACUAAUGACCUAUAAAUCUUUGACUUACAUAACACUAAGCACUCAAAUUUUUACCAUGUUGUGGGCCUUCACUUUGCCAAAAGUCGACAAAAGCUUAUAUUUUCACCGUAAGAAUUACUUCGAUAAUGCACAGUCAACGUCGGUUGUAGGUUCCUCAUCAACGGAUUUGCAGGACACAAAGUCAAUUAAAAGUGGGAUCAGUGAAAAUAUAACCCCAACCGAACCAUUUAAGUUGCUCUGGUCACAUUUCUACAAUGCAUAUAGCAAUUUGAAGGUGGUUCAAUGGAGUAUUUGGUAUGCAGUUAAUUUGGCUGGCUACUUGCAAAUCAUUUCAUAUAUGCAAGUGUUGUGGAUAGAAAUUGAACCGCAUUCGGAAAUCGCUUGGAACGGUGCUGUAGAUGCUGUAUUGACUGCGUUGGCGGCGCUUAUGGCUUUGGCAGCUGGUUAUAUACAUGCCGGACGUUUGAAACCACUGCAGAGUUUAUUGGUUUUAUCCAUUUUCGCGGCACUUGAGGGCGGCGCAAUUUUGCUCUGCUGUCGCACAUCUAAUAUUUAUGUUUCUUAUGUUGGUUAUAUUCUUUUUGGAGCGUUAUAUGCCUUUAGCAUAACAGUUGCCAGCUCCGAAGUGGCACGUCACUUGGAAGAGGAAAGUUUUGGAUUAGUUUUCGGAGUUAAUACAUUUUUGGCGCUCGUAAUCCAAACGCUGCUAACGAUAAUAAUUGUCUCAAACUCUGGUUUUGUUUUGAACACACGCGGUCAGUAUACUGUGUAUGCAUUUUACUUCAUUACGGCGAGCGUCAUCACAUUAUUUUUUGUGGCUGUGGAAUACUUAGUAAGCAGAAAAUCAGAAAAUCGCACAAAUUUAGUUGUAGAGUAGUUUAAGUGAUUGUUAUUAAAUAAAAUAUAAGCAAAUAUUUAUGAAAAAAGUUGGCAUUGUCUAUAUCUUUACAGUAGACUUUUAAAUAAAGUGAGGGGCUUCCCUUCCCUAAUAAUA